GAGCGCUGCUGCAGCCAGUAACACUUCUACAAAUGUGUUAAGAGCGUUGUCACACUUGGACUGAACACUCGAGUCCACUCUCAUGACUGCUUCUAGGCUCAUUACAGUAACGUUGCUCCAGUCCUAGCAAAGUGUGGUUUUAUUUAUCAAUAAGGCCUUCUGUCUCCUCCACUGACAAUAACAACCCUUUCCCCAACAUCACCAAACUUGAAACUGGAAGUGUACUGGCCUCACUGGCUACCUCACUCAGCUAUCCAGUAAGUUCACCUCCUCCACACAGUGACCCCCGGACCACGCCGUGAUGCUGAGGUGUUUCAUUUGCAUGAAAACCUUUCUAGUGUCUACAUCUUAAAUAAUACAGAUGUGCUUCCCCCCCAAGUGUCUGACAGCUACCGUAAAACCCCGUAUAUACGCUCACUCCAGGUUCUACCUUAGACAAAUGAUUUGUGAAAGGACCAUACUGAAACUGUACUGCGUCCCCCUCCCCCACAGCGGGAUUACACAUUAUUCCUCUUUGGGGUUGUUAGAUCUGCUGACCUAAAAGCACUUCAUUAAACUUCUUCUAUCAGAGAGGUUCCAGCACACAGGACUGAUAGAGCUCCAGUACAUCAUAUCUGUAAAGUCAUGUGACUCAUCACAGCAUCAGAAUAGACAAGAAUUCACUGUGAGCUUCACAUCUCAUUACAGCUAAUGGACCAAUCAAAUCAGUCCACAGCUUCAAAACAUCCAAUCAGGUGUGAGUCUGGACCUGCUUUUCUACUGAACUCACAAGUUCAUUACCUCACUAUCACUUUGUCUAAACAGGAACGAUGAUCACACUCUUUGUCGCGCUUUACUCUCUUUUUUCUCUCUGCACAGCUGUAACUUCUGACAUCAAGGAGCUUCAUGUGAAAACAGUAAAGUGUGGAGAAAAUGUAACUAUGGAGUGUAGCAUUAGCAUGAGCAUGGACAUAGACAAACAUAAAUACAAAGAUAAGUUAGAAAAGUUAGUUUUGUACAGACAGAGAUUUGGAAAAGUGCCUCAGUAUUUUGUAAGAUAUUACGGGGAAAGUUACACAGUUGUUGAUGAAUUUAAAGAUAGCCGCUUCAGUACUACUAAAAAUGACCAAAAGUUUGAGCUCAAAAUUAGCGAAUUGAAAGAAGAUGAUGGAGGAGACUAUUUAUGUGGAGAAGUGGAGGGAACUGUACUAAAGUUCACAUCUGGAACACGUCUGCAAUUUGAAGGUGAAGAGAUGAAACACUGUCCUACACCUGGAACGGUUAACAUCAACACAGAUUCUGUUACAGGGUCCAAUGAGGGUCCAAAGAGCAGUGAUGGAAAAGGAGGCGACAUUUGGAUUAUUGUCUUAUUGUCUCUGUUAUUUGUAUCUCUCAUUGUAAACGUGGUUCUGCUUGGAGUUUUAUAUAAAAAUCAGAGAAAAGGUGCUUCAUCAAGAAACCAUCAAACUCCCACCAAUCAGGCUGAUGAUGAAGAUGUCUUGAACUAUGCAGCUGUGAGUUUUGCUAAGAAACCUUCAUCCUCCAGAACAUCCAGAGACAAGAGCCAUGAAGACGUUUAUGCACAAGUUAAAAUAAAAUAGAUAAAGACAAAUGACUUCAGACUUGAAACACAACCAAAAUGUAAGUGUUAUUGCCGUUUCCAUGGUGACUCCUAACAUCAUUCAUCUACUGAUUUGCUUCACUUGAUGGAUGAAGCUUUAAAAAAUAUUUCUGAUCAAAAUCCUACAUCCUGCUGUUU